CGUAAACACAGAGAAGGAUGUCUUAUUCGUUUGGGCAUUUUGCCAUCUAUCCAAGGAAGUGGAGGAAAAUUUAACUUAUUGUUUCUCUGUUGAGCCAUUUGAGUUUCAACAUUCUUUGUUAGAUAUCGUUUGCCAAAACAGAGAUUGCAAGAGAAUCACGUGUUUCUUGGUCACAUCAAAGACUCGUGAAUUUACGAAACCGCGGUGUAAUAUUACGUCCUGCGCUACUGAGGGUCAAAUAUUUAUCCUUCUGACUUAUAUCGGUUGUUUGGUCUUUCCCUUCCCAGCGAAAUGGAUGCUAGGGACUGCACUGUGUUAGAGCGACAUUUCUCGAGACUUCAACAAUGUCUCGAACCUUCAAAACUUUUGCGUCAUCUUGAAACAGUCGGUGUUAUCGAUGAAGACGACGUGGAGACCAUUCGCGAAGAGAAAAAGAAAACGUCGAGGGAAAACCAAGUGACAGUGUUUGUUGACAUUAUUAAAAGACGAGAGAACGGCCUCAGACAUUUACUUCAGGCUUUGUUGAAAUCUAAAGUGCAAGAUUUCUUGGCGAGAGAGCUUCUUGAAGAUGAUGUCUAUGAUGAAGAAGAAAUCAGCAGUAUAUUGAUGGAACUGGAAAACGACUUGGAUGAGACUCAAUCCUUGAAAUUGAGCCUUAUUGAAGAGCAAAAACGGCACAAAAACACUAAGAGGGAGUUGGAGGAGAUCAGGAGAAGCUCCAUCGUGUUCAGUGACUCUAGCAGCUCGGGUCUGUUCGCUGAUUAUGAUUCUGCUCCAAGCGACGGCGAGGAAUUUUGCGACUACUCACCCAGAGAGGAGAUUGAAAACACGCCAAGUCUGAAUGAAGACCAUUCCGCAUCGAUUUUUGAUCAAGAUCAGACUAAGUUCCAAGACCCGGUAUCUCAAUCAGCAGCGAUAAAUGACGAUUUAGAAUGGGAGCAUGAAGAUGGCUGGCGAAAGUUUGGGAGCCUUGAUAACCUAGACUCUCUGACUCGAAAAAAUUCUGAAGGAGGUUCGACUAUUAAGCUGCGGAAAAGCUCCUCCAUGGGAAAAUUGAACAGUGAUGGUCGAGGGAGGUACGUGGACGAACGUAGACGCUCUGGACAUGCUAGGUGGUGCAGCGACGAGAGCCUUGAGGGCAGCAGAAAAUUGUCAAAUUCGCUACACAGACGACCAAGCGACGAUGGAAAAAUGGACCUCCUUGAGAGCAAAGUGGCUCUUCUGGAAAAAAGGCUUCGAGAUGAGCAGCGGAAGCGUCAGAUUUCCGAAAAUGAAGUUGCCAAGUUGCAAGUAGAGAAGGAGAAUCUGUUCGAGGAACUCGAAGAUACUCGAGACCAGCUACAUGUAAGACUCAGCCAACUGAAUCUGUUCUGCGCUGAUGACGAUUGCUAUGAAGGAGAGCUACAUUUCGAGCAAAGUGAAAAUGUCGACGAUUUUUCAGAGGCACGAAAGGUGAACUAUGAAACUAGUUCCAUGGAAAGACCUAUCCAAGCGCCAACCGGAAUUGCGGAGACCGCUUCCCGUAGCAGCUCACCUGGCGUUGAUAAGCUUCGUACCCAGUCUGAGCAAAUGAGAAGAACACGUCUGACGGGAAGUUGGAGAACAGUGAAUGCUCAGUUUUACGAGCUGGACGAAUACGAUGAUGAGAUUAAGGUCGAAAUGGAUCCAAGUAAUAUUAUGGACACAUUGCGCAGACUCAAAACGCACAAUAACUGUUUGUAUAACGAUAUAUUGUAUGAAAGAGAUGAGCUUAAGAGUCUGAGAAAAAGAGCGUCAAGACUAGAAUCACUCAAAUGAUUAAGAUGUAGUAUGUCAAGUUGGAAUGCAUAAACUUCGCCUGCUUGCCUGUCACCAACGACAGAGUAACCAUCUGUAGACUGAAAGCGAAUUCCUCAGAUGAAGUGAAAAACGAUUAUUAUUUAAAGAACACUAAACAAUGUCCGCUUAUACCAAGCAAACGAUUCGGUAUUCCAUUUUUAAAUCCGAGCUAGAAAGUUAAAAAAGUAAAAUCUCUCCGUCGAUUAAUUACGAACAGUUCCCAGUCAAGCAAUUCAAUACGUAAGAAAUUGUAUUUGAUCACAUGAUUAUUUAUCAGCUUUCUGGUGGUACUCGUAAAAGCAAAGGAUAUUUCACUACUCCAGCUUUGAUCUUUCAUUUUCGGUUGUUGAAGUUCCUGAGGAAAAAAAUUAUUGGCAUAAAUCUUUAAAGAUGAGUUUUAUUUCAUUCAAUCUUGAAUUAAAGGGCUUGUGUUAGAAUGGGACAAGAAAUGUGAGUACAUAAUUAUAUUUAUUUUAUCUAGAGACUUUUUUCACUCAAAAACUCAGGUUAGGUGUCUCUAUGAAUUGUAAUGUGUAAGACUAGGCUAAAAACAGCAAUGUCGUGGAAUUCGUGUUUUUGUUAUUGUUUUUUGUUUUCUGUCGAAAUGAAAAAUACCAAAAGGAAGGACAUUCAGCGAAAAGUACCAAGGUAUGAAAUGGUGGGGGGA